UGUCGCCUAAGGGCUAAAUAAACCUGUCAAGUGCUGUCAAAGUUGAAUAAGCUGUUGACGUGGAAAAAAUACACUAUUAUAUAUUAUAAAAAAACUGUUUAAUUAUGGCAAAUAGAGGGUUUGAUCCAGAUCCAGAAUUAUCUGAGAUUUUAACCAAAUUAUGGGAACUAGAUACAAAUAAAUGUUACCCUGGAGAUGAUUUUCAAGUUGAUUUGCAGGGGUAUGUCAAGAGUGGUAGGCAUUUAGAGAGAGACAGGGCACGCUACAACUUGUUUGAAUGGGUGAAUGAUGAAAAGGUUUUUGGAAGGAAAACAUAUAAAACAUUUAAAGAUUUACUGGAUAACUAUGAACUUGAGUGUGGUGAAGCAGAGGUUGUCACUCCAGAAGAAAAGAAGGAAAAUGUUGCUUUUGUGGAUGCCAUAAUGGAAACUGAUGUGAUGCAAGAGGCACAUAAAUACCUUGUAUCUAAAGGAAAAUCACCAGAACAUGUUGGCCAGUUUAAAUGGCAACUUUAUAAAAUUUGGUUCAGUUUAGUACGAAGAACAAGGGGAGACAGAGACCAAGAUUCAAGCAGUUUUGAACAUGUGUUUGUUGGAGAAGGUAGAGAUGAUCAAUUUAUCGGACUUCAUAAUUGGAUUCAGUUUUACCUCCAAGAGAAAGCUGGAAAUAUUGACUAUCAUGGUUACUUCAGACAUUCAACUGUACAAGAUGAUGAACACUUCAGACUGAUUGCUCUACAGUUCGACUGGAGGGAAGAAAAAGGAAAACCUAUUAGUAGCUGUUUUCUGGGAACCAGUCCUGAAUUUGAAAUAGCAGCCUACACCAUUUGUUUCUUACUUGGAAGACUGUGUAAAACCGAUGUUCAGUUAGGGGAAUAUGAAGUAGAGAUAGAUGUCAAACCUUUUGCUAAGAACUAUAUAGGCACAGCAUAUAUUGCUGCAGCAAGAAUGUACUAGUACUGUUUUAAUUAGAUAUUAAAUAUUAGAAGCAUCUAUUUUAUAGCAAUAGUAAGAUCUUUAAAACUUCAUUUAUAAUUAUAUUUCCGUCCAAAUAUAAUUUGAAAUUGACUGUUGUGGAUGUCAGUUCAACAAUUUUUUUUUUCACACAGUGCACAUAAUUCUUCUGAUGAAUGAUUUAUUUUUUUAGAACAGUAAUACUUCUUGCCUUGAAAUCAUAUAGCUUGCCUUUCACAGUUAACUUUAUUUUUUAGCUUAGCUGGCAUGAACAGCCAGUGUUAGCUAUUGACAUCACUUAGCAUCUGUCAUUUGUUUAUUUACAAUGUGAAAUGCAAUUGUAAUGAAUACUGGUUGUACCAGUAGCAUGCAGAUCAAACAAUACAUACGAUUUUGUUAGGAUGUGAUAAUGAACAUCAAUACAUCAUCUUUAAUAACCAUACAUUCGUAAUCAAGAACUGCAUACAUAGUCUUUGAACGAGUUAGAAUGUCAACUUUCAUUAUGGUUAACCGAUUAAUCAGUUAAAACAUUAUCUGAGUAACCGGUUAGUGAAAACUGUUCAAUUUGACAACACUAUAUGAUAUGAUUGUCCCCUUUGGAAUGGUAUUGGAUGCCCCCUGCCAGAUAUUGAAAUUCAUUGUCAGUAUUAUGCAUGGAAGACAGGUGAGCGAAACAGGGUCCCCAGGGCUUCUUGUUAUUAUUUGAGAUUAUUUAAGUAUACCACAAUUGUUAAUUUAUGAAGUGUUCAUAUGUUUUGUAGUAUUUUUUUUCUUUACUGUACUUAUCCAAGAAGGUUGGCCUGAUCCUCUUGGUUAGGAAAUUAAAAUUAUCUGAUAUCAUUGUCUUUUCUAUUUUAAGUAAUAUUUUAAGUUUUCCUAUGUUAAAGUGCUUAAUUCAAUGAUUUACCAAUUAUACUGAUCAUCCUACGCAACUUCCAUGACAUUUUCAAUAAUGGGUGUUAACUUAAUUUAACCUAACAAUAAUUGCAUAAUAUGCAGAAUAUUUCUGCUAUAUUUGAUUAUUUAUAGAUUUUAACAGCUUUAUCUUUUUCUUUUCCUGAAUGCUGAUUAAAGCAGAAAUUUUGGAUUUUACUUUGAUAUUUUUCUUUUGAACUUUAUUUUUGUCAGAUACAAUGCUGCAAUUCUGACAACAAUGGUCAGUUUCAUGACUGCACAACAAUACCAAAAAACAACCAACCUCCAAUUUCUUGACUUUUCUUGCAAUAGGAUAAGUAUGUGAAAUUAUCUAAUAGCAGUAAUAGGUCAAAGUUUUCCCUAGAAGAUUUCAAAAUAGACUUGGACUUUAAUGAAAUGUUCAUUUAAUAUAUACAAAGUCACAAUGUGAUAAUAAUAAUAAAAUUGUUGUUCAAGUUCACCUGUUUUGUACCUUUUUACGUUGUAAUUUCAAACAAAUUUUACAUUUUUUUUUCUAAUAAAAGUUAAUAUAUUCUUCAUAUGUAUGAAUUUUUUGUACUUUAUAUACAUUGUUACAUAGUUCAACUAAAUGAAUGUUGUUAUCACUUUCUGCUGGUUUGAGGUUUUUUAAUUGUGCCUUUAAAUGAAAUAUUUCAGUCUCAAUGUCGAACAAAUGUAUUUAACUUCUUUUAUGAAGAAUAUUUUUUACAGUAUCUGUAUAAACUGAUGAAUUUUUAUUAAGAAAAUGACUAUCCUUGAAGAUAUAGAAGGCUGAUAUGAUCAUCUAAUUCAUUUUCAGUUUCUUAUCUUGAUAAAGAAAAGAUUUUGAUUUUUGGUAAUCCGGUUUAGGGUUUUAGAGUUAUUGCCCUUGACAAGGUUACAUUGGUUAAACUAGUUUCAUGGAAGUUAUUCAGUGAAUGUCUCAGUCAACAUAUACAUAUACACAUUCAUGCAACUACAGUGAGGUUAUUAGAUAAAUAUGUCAAAAAAUAUUUUAGGACUUCGAAGUUAUUCAUAAGAAAAGAUUAUUGAAUUAUAUACACGUAAUAUGUAUUGUUUAAGGAGAAAUAAAGCAUUGUGCAACACAAAUAAUGUUGUAGAAAACUACCUCAAACAAAGUGUUCAUGUACAUCACUACUUUUUUGUACUUCCAAAGUUUUUAAAUGAAACGAUAAUUGUAUUUACUACAAUUCACAUACACAUUUACUCCAAACAUUAUUGUUAAUGUAAGCUGUAUUUGAAUUUUACUUUGAAGAAUAAAAAAAACAAUUUUUGUUCAUUUUUUUAAUGAUGGAAACAACUAUUUUUAAAUAUAAAAUUUGAUUAAAAUUGAUAUAUUCAGAAAUAAAAAUCUUUAGAUAAAAUAUUUAAGAAAAUUAUUUGAAACUCAUAUGUCAGUCUUUCUGGGGAGAAGUUACUAAACCACUUGCUCAAUUUGGAUAAAAAAAAACAUGUUGGUGACAUAAAUGGCAAAGUUUGUAACUUCUAAUUGCUGUGUAAUAAAGAUACAUUUUUUUUUUAUUAUUUUUUAUAAGUUGUCUCCAAUUAAACCAGGUAUUUUAUUUUAACGUGUGUUAAGUAAAUACUGCCAUUAUAUUUUACCAGUUUAUGCAUUAUUUUUUUAUAUAUAGAAGAAAACUUUAUAUUCAAAUAUUUCAUAUUAACCUUUUUCUUUAUAUUAAUAUGUAUAAGUUAGUCUUGUUUACCUAAUGCAAUAUGUUUAAAAGGACAUUAAUUUACAACUUAGUUUUCAGAAUAAAUUUAGAUCUUCCAA